AUGGGUCUCUUCGGUAAACGCAAGGCGCCCGUCGCUGCGGAUAACACCAUGCCUACGACGCAUCGGGAGAAAAAGUCGACUUCUCACAAGACUGGCGGAUCACGUGCCUGGAAUAGCAAGCCAACUUUUGGUCAAUGGAUUAAGGCAACCUGGGUAGAUCUUCUUACCAUGGCUGUCCUUGGUGCCAUCGGUCUUGGCGUCUACUUCGCCGAUCCUGCGCCCAGUCGGUCGUUCCCAGUCAUAUUUAAAGACGGAGAGAUCGUAUACCCUCAAUUCGCUUAUCCUUUACGCAAUGAGAUUAUUCCCAUCUGGGCCGCUGCUCUUAUGGCCUUCUUUAUUCCCUUCGCAGUGUUCCUCAUCGUUCAAAUCAGGGCCCGUUCAUUCUGGGAUAUCAACAACGCCACGAUCGGGCUCUUGUACGGGCUCAUCACAGCUGCAGUAUUUCAGGUUUUUGUCAAGUGGCUCAUCGGAGGAUUCCGCCCCCAUUUCCUCGCCGUCUGCAAGCCUGUCAUUCCAUCGACAAUCAACUUCGAUUCAGAUGAUAAUGGCGUCGAGACUGGCACAACCGGUAAUGUCGGAAAUGGUUUCCGUCAAAUCAUGUUCGACCGCAGCAUUUGCACUGGUGACCGAAAAGAGAUCAACGACAGCCUCGAAUCUAUGCCUUCCGGCCACACCACCGCUGCCUUUGCCGGCUUUGUUUUCUUGUACCUUUACCUGAAUGCCAAGCUCAAGGUUUACGCCAACUACCAUCCCGCCAUGUGGAAAUUAAUCGCCCUCUACGCACCCAUCCUCGGAGCCUGCUUGAUCGGUGGCGCCCUAACCAUCGACGAGUACCACAACUGGUAUGACGUACUCGGUGGCGCGUGCAUCGGCACGGCCUGUGCAAUCUCUGCCUUUCGUAUGGUGUAUGCGUCGAUCUGGGACUUCCGUUUUAAUCAUAUCCCAUUGCUCCGACACUCCCCGUUCACUUACGGCACCGGUGCUAGCACUGACGGAUUCCAUGACGCCAUCUUCACACGUAAGGCUGGCUGGGGCUCGCACGAGGGCCAUAGCUUGGGCGGUGCACCAGGCGAUGCCAUGGAUGGACCUCAUGGCACCAUGGCGCCCACCCCGGAGGGACCUUUUGCUGCACACGGUAGCUCGACUGGUCGCCACAGCGUUCCAAGGAGGCCCGUGGGUGGAGAUGGUUAUGGAGAGCAGAUGGUAUAA